AUGAAGCUCAAAGUGAACCUCGUCCCCGCGAAGACGCUCAAGGCGGACAUAUCCGACGUCGCGAACGUCGUCAUCGAGUGUGGGAUGGGCGAGCAAGUCCUGCGAUGGCUCGCGUACGCCGCGGUGAACCGGCUCGCGUACCUCUCCGGCGGCAUCGCGACGUCGUUCGUCCCCAAGGGCGUCCUCACCCAGCAGGGCGCGCUGUGCGACGCGAACGCGGUCGUCAGGGAGGUUUUCAACGACGGCGACACGCUGACGGUGAACUUCGGCGUCGGCCCGGAGGCGUUCACGUCGCGGUGGGAGGGACGGCCGUCCACGCCGCCGUUCGAGUGGGGUCCGGACGAGACCUUGGACGAGAUGAGAGCUCGCGACAGGGACUGGCUCGCGAGAGACCUCGAUCUGAGGACGUUCGGGAUCGACGAGCUCGUGGCGGAAUCCGUGGAGGACGCGGACGCGGACCUCGCGGCGGCGUUGGAGAAACUCAACGAGUACGGCGGCGCGCUGCAGGCGCUGUUUAAGAUUUACGAGUCGUGGGGCGGGGACGAUAAGACGACCACGGAUAAGAUGACGCUCGCGCAGUUCCGCGACCUGUGCAGGGACUCCAAGGUGGUGUCGGACGGGAAAGAGAAGGACAAGAAGGGCGCGUUCAAGGCGGAAGCCGUGGACGAGUGCUUCGAGGCGACGCUCGCGCAGAACUUGAGGAACCACGCGAAGGGCGCGGCGAGCGAGUCGAGCAUCGGGAUCAAGGCGUUCUUCGUCGCGCUGUUGCGCGUCGCCGCGAAGAAGUACGGCGUCGGUAAGGAGAACGGCUUCGCGGAGCUGUCGCUUCGUCUGAACCACUUCGUGAGCGCCAACUUGCUUAAAAACUGCGGGUCGCCGUUUAACGUCACGCACGCCGAUCUCAAAGGGUGCGUCACCGACGAAGCGACGGCGCUCCUCGCGAAGGGGAGACGACUCACGGAGAAGACGCUGUGGUGCUGCCAGCUCGCGAGGACGCCGGGGAUGGACCCGCGUCUGAGCGUGAACGACCUCGAACGCGCGUUGCGGCGGUGGAAAGUCAUAGACUCGGACGCCGCGUCGUCGCCGAGGGGGGAGGACGGGGAAACGCCGCCGAUACCGGAGCACAUCACGAUGUUGGAGUACACGCGAAUAUGCAUCGACGUGAAGCAAGACGUCGGGUUGCUCUCGUCGUUCGAGACGCAGAGCGCGCCGUUUCGGUUCGACGACGACGAGUUUGAGACGUUUUUACUCCGCGCCGCGUUUAUGAUUUUCAAAAAGCGUCGGGAAGCGAUGAAACCGCCGCCGGCGCCGGAGCCCGCGGAAGACGAGGAGGAGAAGAAAGACGAUGACAGCGACGACGACGCGAGCGGGGACGACGGCGACGAGGAGGAGAAAGAGCCGGAGCCGGUGGUGGAGGAGGAGACGUUCGAGGAGUACCUCGGAACGUUCCUCGAUAAAGUCUACCGCGCGAGCGGCGCGCUGCUGGACGACUCGCUCGUCCCGGACGUCGUCGUGUGA